AUGGUGCUUCUCACAAUGACUUCUUCCAUUGUGGAAGGCCUGUCUGUGUGGAGUCAGUUGGCUUCUACACAUAAAGAAAAGUUGUUGCAGCGCGAGAAUGAGCCUUCACUCGACGGCUCCAGCAUUGGCAAUCCCAUUUCACACAGCCAAAUCGUCGAUCUAUGGGCAUCCCUCAGAGAUGCUGGAAGCAACGAAUACAGCCUUGAAAGGUUAUUAAAUGGCGCCAAAGUCUACGAUCCUCCGCCGCCGCCGAAACCCGAGCCAUCGAACGAAUACAAAGCUUUGAUGGCUCGUCUCCGCCGCGAUGAGGAACAGCGCAUCUACGGACGCAUGAUGAAUACAGCGUCGCCGCUGGAAUCUUUUUCUCAGCGCGGGUCCGGCGGCGCUGGCAUGAUACACGCCUUUGCCGAGGUCAACCGACCAGGCCAGGAGGCAGACAUUGGCGAUGACGACGUCACGUUUAAUGAUGUGCACCGCCAGCUGAUGCUCAUGCUCAACUUUAUAGUGAGCAUCCUGGGGGUUGCCGCCACGCUCUGGAUUUUAGCCAGGUGGUGGAGCACGCCGGCUAGGCUCUUUUUAACGAUAGGUGGAAGCAUAUUGGUUGGGAUCGCCGAGGUUGUUGUGUACUCAGGAUACAUAUGGAAUCUCGGUGAGGCUAAAAAGAAGGACAAGACCUUACGUGAAGUCAAGGAGGUAGUGCAAACAUGGGUUGUCGGCACCGAGAAGGAUGGCGAGAGCGAGUUUGCCAUUGCGAAGGAGAAGGUCCCGUCAGAGGAGUUAAACUUGCGGAGACGAAAGGAGAGAACUCACGUGCACGAUUGA